AUGAACAAGAGACAAACAGAAGUAGAUAAGCAAAUAAGUGAAUCCAAAAAAGAAGUUAAUAAGACACAAGUUGAAGUAUGUAAUGAACACAAAGAUUUAAACUUAGAUAAGACAGAGACAGUAAGAAAAGAGGAGUUAAAAGAUUGUGUUGAAGUUUGCCAAGAGAUAAAUAUGAGCAGGAAUAAGGUUGAAACUGAUAAAAGGAAAGUCAUUGAAAAGAUGUCGGUGAAUGAUACAACAAAAGUAAAAAGUGAGACAAAAGCAACUAACAUAAAAACUAAAUUGAAAAAUAAAAGUGUAAAAGGUAAGGAAUUGAAAGUUAACAUUGUUGAAAAAGUAAAUCAUAACGUUGUUGAAAAAGUAAUAGGCAAAGAUGGGGAAAUAGGAAAUGAGAAAGGAACUGGUAAAUCAAAAGACAAAGAUAGUGUUGAUGUGAAAUGUGUUGAAAAAGUUAAAGACAAAAAUAGUGAUACAGUUAAAGAGAAAUGUGUUGAGAAGAAAAUUAAGGUUAAUGAAAUGGUAAGAGAAGAAAGGAGUAAAAGAGUUAGUAAUAAAGGUGAUGAGGGGAAUGAAAUGAAAGAUGGUCAUGUUGUGAACAGAAGAGAUGAAAGGAAAAAGGCUAAGAAGACGACAAAUGAAAAUUCAGUGAAAAAGUUCAAAUCAAGUGAAAAAGAAACGAAUACAAAGACGAUAAACUUAAACCAAAAUAAUGAGCAAAAUAACGAUAAUAAGGACAGCAACAUUAAAGAGAUCGGUAAUGAAAAGUUUGACAUAACAGAAGGAAAAGAUGGGAAAAGUGAGGAAACAAAUUUAGGAAAUGUUAAUCCUAUUGAAAGUGGUGCUGAUCAAGUGAAAAACAAUAACAGUGAAAAUCAGAUACUUAAUGAAAAUAAAGAAUGUGAAGAAGUUGUUCAAGGGGAGUGUCAAAAUGAAAUAAACAAUCAGGAACAUACCUCAGUGGGUUAUUGUAAUGUGAAUAUAAUACCAUUAAUGGAGGAGACCCAAAAAGAAAGAAUUAUACUAAAUAUUGGUGGACAAAAGUUUGAAACCUCACGUGUUACAUUAACGAAAGAUCCAAAUUCAUUACUCGCAAGAAUCGUAAGUCCAGAGGGAGUGACCCCAAGAUACGGUAACCAGUAUUUUAUAGAUCGUGACCCUGCCCACUUUAGGUUUAUUCUUUACUUCCUUAGAAAUGGAUCAUGUGACCUAAGGACUCUCCCUCAUGAUGUGAGAUAUUUGUACGAACUAUAUUAUGAGGCGUCUUUCUAUUGUUUGCCGGAAUUAGUGAAUGCGGUUAUAGGAAAAAUCGAACAGUGUAGUGUCGUUUCUGCGAAUCUGGUGCCUUUAAAGGCCCAUAAACUGGGAUGA